AGGCUUCCUGUACAAUUACAUGCAGUCCUCUCUCUCAUACUGCUGCUGCUGCAUACAGUACAAGCUGUGACGUGCCAUCAAGAUAAUGGCAACUUGCUCUGAAUAGAGGGAGGAGAUUAUCCCAGGCAGCGGCGGCUGGGACUGGGAGACUCUUGCGUGGAAAGGUAGAAAGCAGAGGGGGAUUCUCUGUGUGACUGCAGCCAUGCAUUAGUAGCGGCUCCUCAGAGCCCGGCAGCUCAUUUGUCUGUAGGGGGGAGAAGAGAAGAGGUAACUCCUGCUGGAUGGGGAUUUCUAUUCCAAGUGAGAAUAUUAUCUACAAGUGGAGAACCCUGAAAGCAGUUGCAAGUAUUUCCUGGAGUGGGCAUCCCAUCAAGCCCACACAAAAAUCAGACUGUAUGAUGCUCUGAGACAUUGCAAAGAACCCAAAAGCUACAUCUGUGGAUCUACAGGUCUCAGUCAAGGUGGUCAAAUUUCUGUGUGCUAAAAAUGUUGACAUCCUGAGACAAGUAUGGCAUCAGCAGGUAAAAUCUGCCAUCAUGCCAUGAUGAGUGGCGAUUCUACCCCUGGAGAGCUAGCUCUGGAACCCUUGAUUAUGUGCAAGCUGUGUCUGUGUGAACAUCCUCUUGAUAUGAUGACCACCCUUCGAGGAUGCAGCUGCAUCUUCUGCACAACGUGCCUCAGACAGUAUGUGCAGUUGGCAGUUCGUGAUGGAAUUGGUUCUCCAGUCACCUGUCCAGACAUGUUGUGCUCAAACCGGGGUCUCCUUCAGGAAACAGAGAUUGCUUGUCUAGUAUCCAUUGAUCAGUUCCACUUGUAUCAGCGGCUAAAGCUUGAAAGAGAAAUUCAUCUUGACCCUUGCAGAACGUGGUGUCCUAAUGCAGACUGCCAAACGGUAUGCCAGGUUCAACCAGCUGAUUCCGGUAUGCCUGUAUCAGUGGAAUGCCAUGUGUGCCUUAUAAAGUUUUGUUCUGCAUGUAAAAGACCCUGGCAUCCCGAGCACUUGUGCCAAGAAAACCAGCCAACAAUCGUGCAACUCGAAAAAGGAGUCCUUGUCAGUGCAGAUGCAAAUGCUUGUAUCAAGCAGUGUCCUGCGUGUCAUAUUUACAUUGAGAGGAAUGAAGGUUGUGCACAAAUGAUGUGCAAAAACUGCAAGCACACUUUUUGCUGGUACUGUUUACAAAACCUUGAUAAUGAUAUAUUUCUGCGACAUUAUGACAAAGGUCCCUGUAGGAACAAACUUGGACAUUCAAGAGCCUCGGUUAUGUGGAACAGAACACAGGUUGUGGGGAUCCUCAUUGGCUUAGGUAUCAUCGCAAUUGUGACAUCACCGUUACUCCUUUUGGCAUCACCCUGUAUUAUCUGCUGUGUCUGCAAAUCCUGCAAAGGAAAGAAGAAGAAGCAUGAAAAUAAUAAAUAAACCCAUAACCCACCA